AUGGCUGAUCAUCUUGAUCAUCACAUUCACACUCACAACACUUCUGUCAUACGCUGUUCACGGCCAUCAUCUUCCUCCGAUCAACACUCAUCCAAGAAGCAUUCUUUCGACCAAGAGAAACUUGCCCGUAAUGGCUUCUCCGCCAUUACUCUUCCUAUUAGUCUCUGCAGUAAUGAUCUUCGCGAAUCUGUCUCGGAUCCGUCAUACACUUUGCAGGAGCAAACAGUGUCGGUAAAAGGUUCGUCUGUUUUGCCACCUCGGCCACCUAUUAGUAGAUGUAACUCUGAAGUUAUUGAUCCUGCAACGGUUAAAGCUGCAGUUUCGCAUUGUUUGAAAUCUGAAGAAAAUUCUCCUCCUGAUUCAAAGAAGCUUAAAAGGAUGAAGGAACGGUAUAAAGAAUUUUAA